UCCAUGUUGCCGGCACGGCCUGGACAGUUUACGUUGUGUUUUUUUUUUUAACUACAAUCCUCGAUAUAAAUAUAUUAACAUGUUUAAUGUCUCAAUAGUGUAAUUGCUUGCAUGCCAGCCACGUGUUGAUUAACCAAGUAUCAAAAUCGGGACUUGGUGAUACGGCAAUUGAAAUUUCGAUUGAUUACUCGUCGGAGUAACCAACAAAUUGAAGAUUCUAGUGUCGUGUUGGAGGUUGACAACUAGGCACUGGACACUCGCUCCUCAAUAGCGUUAUUUAUUUUCUAUUUCCUUUUUGUACUUGAGACUGUUUGAAUUACUCCAAAAUGACUCGGAUUUUACGUGUGAUGGGAUUGACCAUAUUGUUGAGCUAUUUGUUCCUCGGACAGGCCAAUGGACUUGCCGUUAUGAGUGUUGAUAUCGGUAGUGAAUGGAUGAAAGUUGCUAUUGUUUCUCCUGGAGUGCCAAUGGAAAUAGCCUUGAACAAGGAAUCCAAGAGGAAAACACCCGCAGUGAUAGCAUUCCGAGAGGAUGAGCGUCUCUUCGGAGAAGAUGCCCAGGUCGUAGGAGUUCGUUUUCCCAAGAACAGUUUCUCGUACGUACUGGACCUCUUGGGUAAGUCCAUAGACAAUCCAAUUGUUUCUCUCUAUCAGAAGCGAUUCCCCUAUCAUGAGAUCGUGGCCGACGAGGAGCGCAAUACAAUAGCCUUUAAGAUCGACGAUGGGACCGUCUUUACACCGGAGGAAUUGUUGGCCCAGCUGUUGCACAAAGCCAAGGAGAUGGCAGAGAAUUCUGCAAAUCAGAAGAUCAAGGAGGCUGUGAUAACGGUUCCUGGUUUUUUCAACCAGGCUGAGAGGAGGGCCGUGAUUCAGGCAGCUGAGUUGGCGGAUAUAAAAGUUCUCCAGCUGAUCAAUGACUACACUGCUGUUGCCUUGAAUUAUGGAAUCUUCCACAGGAACGAGUUCAAUGAAACCACGCAAUACAUCAUGCUCUACGACAUGGGAGCGAGUUCCACGACGGCAACAGUCGUCAGUUAUCAAAAUGUCAAGACUAAGGAAAGAGGAUUCGUCGAGACUCAUCCCCAAGUUAGUAUCCUGGGGGUUGGCUAUGACAGAACUCUUGGGGGUCUUGAAGUUCAGACGAGACUGCAGCAUUAUCUUGCUGAGGAGUUCGACAAGCUGAAGAAAACCAAGACCUCUGUCUUCGAGAGCCCCAGAGCCAUGGCGAAGCUCUUCAAGGAGGCUGGAAGGGUGAAGAAUGUUUUGAGUGCCAAUGCUGACCAUUACGCCCAAAUUGAGGGACUUCUCGAUGAGCAGGAUUUUAAACUCCAGGUGACAAGAGAGAAACUCGAGGAGUUGGUUGCUGAUGUCAUGGAACGAGUCACUGCACCGAUUAAAAUGGCUCUGGAUACCUCUCAGUUGACUAUGGAUGUUAUUUCUCAUGUUAUUCUCGUUGGGGCUGCCACCAGAAUGCCCAAGGUUCAGGAGAUGCUGCAAAAAUAUCUGAAUACCGAACUUUCGAAAAAUAUUAAUACCGAUGAAGCUGCAGUAUUAGGAGCUGUCUACAAGGCUGCUGACUUAAGUCAGGGAUUUAAAGUCAAGAAAUUUAUCACUAAGGACGGUGUUCUAUUCCCCAUCCAAAUUGUCUUUGAUAAGUCCAGUGAGGAGAAAUCUAAGCAGGUUCGAAGGACACUCUUCAGUAAAAUGAAUGCCUAUCCACAGAAAAAAAUUAUUACCUUCAAUAAACGUCAGGGAGACUUUGAAUUCUCUGUUGGUUAUGCUGACUUGGACCACAUUCCACCUCAUCAAAUUCCGGCAAUUGGCAACUUGAACUUGACGACAGUAGCUCUGACAGGCGUGGCAGAGGCCUUCGAGAAGCACCAGAAAGAGGGAGCCGAAAGUAAAGGAAUAAAAGCCCACUUUAGCAUGGACGAUAGUGGACUCCUAGACCUAAUAAACGUCGAAUUAGUCUCUGAAAAAUCAGCAACAGUGGAAAAAGACGAGGGUACUUUCUCUAAACUUGGUUCUACGAUUAGCAAACUAUUCUCAGGAUCAGACGAGCCAGAGGCUGAAAAAGUGGAAGAACCACCGAAGGAGGACGUUAAGCCAGUUCGUGAAGAAUCAGAGACUCCACCAGCUGCAGAAUCGCAAGAAAAACUGAACUCGACGAAUGGCACCAAAUCAGAGGAGUCCAAGCCCUUGAAUCAGACCGAAAAAACAACCGAGAAGAAGGUGACAGUGAUCAAUCUGAAGGAACCAAUCUCAUCAUCAGAGAGGAAAUAUGGACCUCAACCCUUACAGGGGCACAAGCUAGAAGAGUCCAGUGAGAAGAUAAAGCAGCUAGAACUGAGAGACCUCGAGAAGGUUCGCAGGGAGACUGCCCUGAAUACUUUGGAGUCCUUUGUCAUUGACACGCAACAGCAUCUUCAGAGAGAUGAAUUUAAGACUGCUGCAGCUCCUGGAGAAAUUGAGAGGAUUAUAGAGGCUUGCAGCGCUACUUCAGACUGGCUUUAUGAGGAUGGCUUUGGCCAGAAUGCGGAUAUCUAUGAGGGAAAAUUAAAUGACUUGAAGAAGCUCACCUCCGAGCUCUACGAAAGGGUUUACGAGCACCGGGAGAGGCCGGAGGUCCUGGCGGGCAUGGAAACCAUGCUCAAUGGUAGUAAUUUCUUCCUCAAUAAUAUGAAAAAUAUAAAUUCUGCAGACAAGAUAUUCACCAGUGUGGAAAUCGAAACUUUGGAGAAGAUUAUUAAUGAUACUCAUGAGUACCACCAGCUGGUGAUCAAGACAGUAUCUGAAACGAAACUUCAUGAGCCAGUCAAACACAAGGUGCGAGAUAUUGCAAAUAAGAUGGCUCUUCUCGAUAGGGAAGUCAAAUAUCUUGUGAAUAAGGCGAAAAUUUGGAAGCCAAAAGUGGAGGAAAAAGCCCCUGAGGGCUCUGGUAAUGAUAACGAGACUGAAAGUACUCCCGAAGGUAACUCUACGAAUCCUGGGGACUCUGAAGAAACUAUUACUAUCAACAGCGAGGAAGAAGCCAUCAUUGAGGGACAGCCAAAUGCCACUACCGAAGAGCUUGAGCCAGCCAAAGAGGAGGACGAGGAGGAGAAGAAGGAAGCACGCGUCGAGCUCUGAGAGCAGUGAAAUUUAGGAAAUGUGUUAUCGUAUUUAAUUGGGACUUGUGAGUGGAACGAAUAUUUGGGUUUUUAUAGCAAUCUUUAUCGUGUUUAAGAAUGCAUUUUUGCUGAAUUGAAUUAUUAAUUUGUAAUUAAUAAUGAAGGGUUUAGGGGUUUCAUCAGUGGUGGGGGAAACACCGAUUGGAAUCCCUUCGUUUAUAAAUAAAGUAUAGGUGUAAGACUUUGAAUUCCACUAUCCAUCUUCAGCCUUAAUAAUUCCAUUUGCAAUUUAAUGAACAAUUUUUUAGGUAUUGAUAUUUGAUUUUCUGAAUGAGUGAAGUUCAUUAUAAAAUAAAUUAUGCACAAAUUCUGUGGUUUGAUUGAAUGAUGUACAGUAUUUAAUUAAUUUAAAUAAUUAAUGAAACAAAUGUUCAAUUUUUCAUGAUCAUUCAGGUGUUUUUUAAGUGGAAAAAAAAAACAAUUAUAAAAAUAACUAAUCUUUCCCCUGUGCAUAACAUGAGCUUGAAUUCCGAAUGAAAAUCUCAAGUGUUUUUUUCGUCGAAA